AUGUUAUUAUUCACUCUAGCUUUAGAUACGGACGAAUAUUUACACACGAAAAAUAUAAUAUACAAGUAUAAUGAAAUUUCUGGAAUAUAUAUCCUUGCGCGCACAGGAAACUAUAUAUGUUUAUGUGGCAGAGGCCAAACCUUUGCAAUUUUACUAAUAAUUGUAAAAGGUAAAUAUAAUGUACUAGUUAUUAAGUUUGAAAUGAGGUGGAAGCUCAUGAACCAUCAUAAAAGUACUAAUUUGGCCCUCUUCUUGGCGUUAGACAAUACGUCGAUAGUAAUUUUGAGUUUUUCCAUUUUCUGUAAUAAAUCGUCCGUUUCUGUUUAA